AUGGCACUGCAUGGCAAGGUCGUCCUCAUCACCGGCGCCGGCGGCGGCCUGGGCCAGCAACUGGCGAGAACAUACCUCGACGCAGGCGCCAGCAUCAUCAUCAGCGACGUCAACGAGGCGCGGCUCGCGAGCGCGCGGCGGGAAUUCGCCGCUCCCCACCCAGACAAGGUCCUCGUGGUCGAGGCCGACGUGGCGGACGAGCCGUCGGUCUCGCGGCUCGUGGCGGCGGCCGUCCGGGAAUUCAGCCGCCUCGACGUAGUGGUCAACAACGCCGCCGUCAUGGACAGGUUCGAGCCCGCAACCGCCUGCAGCAAGGCCACGUGGGACGCCGUCCUGGCCGUCAACCUCACCGGCCCGUUCCUCGUCACCAAGCACGCCGUGGCGCAGAUGGAGCGGCAGCAGCCGCCCGGCGGGCUCGUCGUCAACGUCGGCUCCAACGCAUCCUUCAAGGGGCUCUCGGGCGGCGUCGCCUACGUCGCGUCCAAGCAUGGGCUCGUCGGCCUCACCAGGAACACGGCCAGCUCGUACGGCGACAGGGGCAUCUACGCCGUCGCCCUGCUGCUGGGCUACAUGGAGGAGACCAACAUCCGGGACGCGUUUGCCGGCGGUCUCCACGACGGCGGGCUGGGGCGGAUGCAUCAGACGCAGCCGGACAUGCGGCCUGUCCCGACAGAUCAUGUGGCUCGGUAUGCGCUGUUUCUGAGCGACAAGGACACCGCGCGGAGUGCGAACGGGAGCUGCAUCGUCAUCAACGGCAACUGGCCCGAGGCGUAG